AUGACAGAAGACGACGUAGGACAAUGGCAACAUGUGUUCCAGGAGCUGAUUCAAGAGGUGAAACCGUGGCACAAAUGGACCUUCACACCAGACAAGGAGCUUCUUCCCGAUGUUCUGAAGCCAGGAUGGACGCAAUACCAGCAAAAGGCCUUUGCCAGGUUCCACUGUUCUUCCUGCUCUCGAAGUUGGGCCUCUGGCAGAGUCUUGAUCGUCUUCCACAUGCGCUGGUGUGAGAAGAAGGCCAAGGGGCAGGUGAAAAUGAGGGUGUUUGCACAGAGAUGUAACCAGUGCCCCGAGGCUCCAUUUGCAGCUCCAGAGUUCACAUGGGACAACAUCUCAAGGAUUUUGAACAACUUGCUCUUCCGAAUUCUGAAGAAGUGUUAUAAAGAAGGGUUUAAGCAGAUGGGCGAGAUUCCUUUGCUUGGGGACACCAGUCUCGAAGGACCACAUGACAGUGGCAACUGUGAGGCCUGUCUGCUGGGCUUUUGUGCUCAGAAUGACUUAGGCCAAGCCUCAAAACCACCAGCACCCCCAUUAUCUCCUACCUCCUCCAAAUCCGCCAGAGAGCCUAAGGUCACUGCCGCCUGUCGAGACCUUCCCUGCUCACAGUCCUCCUCUAAAGUGGAGAAGCCCCAAGCAUCGGACAUGAGCCCCCAUGCCACUAACCCCUCCAAAGAGGACCCUAAGGUUAGCUGCACCUCAAAACCAUCAACUAAUCCAAGACUGACAAUCAAACAGCUGUCAGAAGUAAGCUCGUCCGCAAAACCAUCAACUAAUCCAAGACUGACAAUCAAACAGCUGUCAGAAGUAAGCUCGUCCGCAAAACCAUCAACUAAUCCAAGACUGACAAUCAAACAGCUGUCAGAAGUAAGCUCGUCCGCAAAACCAUCAACUAAUCCAAGACUGACAAUCAAACAGCUGUCAGAAGUAAGCUCGUCCGCAAAACCAUCAACUAAUCCAAGACUGACAAUCAAACAGCUGUCAGAAGUAAGCUCGUCCGCCCUCGAAUGUGUUAUUCAAAUGCCUUCUCCCAUCAGCAGCAACAGAGCAGCAGAUACAGCAAAGAACACCAGAUCCAAGGCCCCAAAGGCAUCCCUCUCAUCCUCCUCCUGUGUCCCACCCACUUCCUCAUAUGUCCCACCCACUUCCUCCACUUCCUCUUUGUAUGUCACACCUACUUCCUCUUAUGUCCCACCUACUUCCUCCACUUCCUCCUUAUAUGUCCCACUCACUUCCUCAUAUGUCCCACCCACUUCCUCCUCAAAUGUCCCACCCUCUUCCUUUUUAUAUCCCCCACCCACUCCCUCAUAUGUCCCAUCCACUUCCUCCUCAUGUAGACCACCAGCAAACACCGCUUGCCAAGUAGAGAGAAGCGCCCCAAUCCACCCAGAAAGCCAGUCUUCCUGCUGCAAAGCUUGCAGCGCCGGCUGGUGUGAGGUCUUCUUGGGCUGCUGUAAAUUCGGGUCAGAGAGUCCACAGUGUUGCCUGUUCUUUCUAAUCUUGUUUUUGUUGCUGUGGUACUUAUUAUAA